UGGAUCAGCUUGCAAGUGGUCCUUAACGGAGCUCAAACUAAUGAUAUAUGUUACUAAAAAAUUCCUCAAUGUGUAUUGUAAAACAAUACCAAUGUUAUGUUGCAUUUUAAUAAUGAAGUGCAUUGUCAUAAAAAAUUCUAUUAAUUUCAGAUUGAUCACAAGAAUGACACAACAUGGGUUACAAAACGACCUUCAACCAAACUGUGAUGAUGGGAAACCCUCCACUCUGUUAUGAAUUUCUGAACAGUUCAUGUCAUGUCAGCAUUGUUUAUCCGAAAGAAGCUCAAUAUUCACUUUACAUUUUAUUUGGAUUUGUAUCCCUUUUUACAUUUCUGGGGAAUUUGUUGGUGAUCGUAACUAUCAUUCACUUCAAGCAGCUGCACACACCAACUAACUACCUCAUUCUCUCUCUGGCCGUUGCUGACCUGUGCAUAGGAGCGAUUGUGAUGCCUCCCAGCAUGCUACGCUCUGUGGAGACUUGCUGGUAUUUGGGAAGCAUAUUCUGUAAAAUACACACCAGUCUUGAUGUUACAAUGUCUACUGCUUCAAUUCUAAAUCUGUGUAUAAUUUCUGUAGAUCGAUAUUAUGCUGUGUGUCACCCCCUUCUCUAUCACAGUAAAAUGACUCCUAAUGCCACUCUACUAAUGAUAUUUGUAUGCUGGACCAUUUCUGGUUUUGUGGGAUUUGGAAUGAUCUUUCUUGAGCUUGGUAUUUUGGGAGUUGAAGAUUUUUACUACAGUAAUGUUGCCUGUGAGGGCGGCUGUUUUCUGUUUCUAAGUAAAACAGCAAGUGCUGUAUUCACAAUGCUCUGCUUCUACAUUCCAGCUGUGGUCAUGAUCAGUUUAUAUAUGAAAAUAUUUCACAUUGCUAAAAGACAAGCUCGCUCAAUACAAAACGCUCAAAUCUUGUCUUCCCAUCGACAUACUUCAGUGGGUAAGACUGAGAUAAAAGCUACUAAAACUUUAGCCAUUGUCAUAGGUGUUUUUCUGUUGUUUUGGACACCCUUUUUUGUCUGUGCCUUAAUUGAUCCCUUUAUUGGAUACACAGUCCCAAUAGUUUUGUUUGACUUCUUUACGUGGGUCGGAUAUGUCAAUUCCACUUGUAAUCCUAUUGUGUACGCCUUAUUUUAUAGCUGGUUUAGAAAAUCCUUCAGAAUUAUAUUGGUGGGCAAAAUAUUUCAGCCCAAUUCAUCUAGAACUAAGUUAUUUUGAUUCUAAGAUACAAAUACAAAUAUCAUGAGCAUUUAAAUAGUCAACUAAACAUUUUACUGCAUAUAUUGAAGUCAUUUACUACUGUCUCAUAAAAAAGUCUAUAGUCCUGUUAUCAUGGUGUUCACUGAAAUGACAGUGUUCAACAAGUGGCUCAAGACUUUUAUUACGUCUAUAUCAUCUAAAAGUCUUGUGGUCAUGGAUGUCGGGAUUUUUUUAGGCUAUCAUGGACAUUAAGGACUAGUGUUUUCUCUAACUGUGUGGAAGCCUCUUUUUUUUACCUAUAACAUUGUGUGCAUUUCUUGUAUACCCAGCAUAGCUAUUUUCUUAUCUUAUUUUUAUGUGUUGACACUCUCUACCUAUACUAAUUUUGGGAUGAUUUAAAAUAAAUAUGUCUUCCUUAUUUACCAUUUUUUUUUAUUUUGACCUGCUAUGUGAAUGUAGCACAUUACAUGCCAUGCUAUUUCAAUUAUACUGUACCUGAUCUGCAGCACCAGCUGCUGACAUAAACUCUCUGAGCAGUUGUUUAGGGCCACAGCCACUAGAGGUGGCCACAUGAUCAGAGUGUGCUUUGCUUUUUGACCCUCUCUUUAUUUAAACAUAUACUAUACUAUAAUGUACUGACAUACACAUUUAAACCUACAUAUUAGUACAGAGGUAUAAAAUAAACAAUAGAAUUAA